AUGGCGAUUAUUGUUGAGAUCAUAAAAAUUGCUGUAAAUAUGAAAGAGGAUAUGAUAGUUGUACAAGUGAAGCCAAGACAAGAGAUGGAUAUUGUGAAUACCACCGAGAAAAAUGUAAUUAUUGUUCUGAAAGGAAAUGAAUUGAGAAUGGGCGUUGUCGUGACCAUCGUUGCGGAGAGUGUGGUGUUUCAGUUUCUUCCGGAGGCUAUUGCUCUAAUCACAUUAAAUAUUGUUCGUAUUGCUCAAAGAGAAUAUCCGAAUAUAAUGAACGUUGUGAUGGAUGUACCCAGAAAUAUAAAUGCAGAUAUUCUUACUGUUCAGCUAAGGAAUUAUGGAGAAUAUUGUAGAGAACAUGCUAAAAAGUGUGAAUUUGAUAGUUGUUCUACUAGGAUCAAUAAUUAUAGCAGCGAUCAUUGUUCCGAACAUCCUCCGCAAGUUCAAGCAAGACUCUAUAAGAAAAAAAAAGAUGACUUACAAACUGAGUUAAAUAACCGUCCUAAUGUCAAUGUUCAGGAAUAUAAUAAUUUGGUUCAAGAAAGAGAUAAUUGA